UGGUGAAGUUCUGAAAGCAGUAAGAGAGCCACCCGGUGCUGGUGAACUGCACAGGGUACAGCAUCGAAUUCGUUGCCGUUCAAAGCUUCGGGGUCGUUUCGCCAUCAUUCCAAGGGUCUUCUCGGCUCGAACGGACGUGCAAAGGCAGUUUCUCCAGGCUCGGUGAGCAAGGCUCCAAGUGUGAGUGUGAAAAAGUGUAGGCUAAACGGCAGCCAUUUGUUAGGAGCCGGAACAUUUUUCCAUCCUUGCGAAUAAUUCGGCUAUCUAGUGAUUAGAAACCGGCAUUUUUUCGCCAAACAGGAAACGGAAAAACAUUUUCGGUAAAUCCUACGAGUGAUCGUGUGAAGUGGCGUCUUAGCCGACCCAGAUCUCAGUUCGUUUUUUUGAGUAAGCAGUAGCAGCAGCGGUAUUCAGGAUGGGUAAGGAGAAGACUCAUAUUAAUAUCGUCGUCAUCGGACACGUCGAUUCCGGUAAGUCGACCACCACCGGUCAUCUGAUCUACAAGUGCGGUGGUAUCGAUAAGCGUACCAUCGAAAAAUUCGAAAAGGAAGCCCAGGAAAUGGGCAAGGGUUCCUUCAAGUAUGCCUGGGUUUUGGACAAACUGAAGGCUGAACGUGAGCGUGGUAUCACCAUCGAUAUUGCCCUGUGGAAGUUCGAAACCGCCAAGUACUAUGUGACCAUCAUUGAUGCCCCUGGACAUCGUGAUUUCAUCAAGAACAUGAUCACCGGAACGUCGCAGGCCGAUUGUGCCGUGUUGAUUGUCGCUGCCGGUACCGGUGAGUUCGAAGCCGGUAUCUCCAAGAACGGUCAAACUCGCGAACACGCCCUGUUGGCAUUCACCCUCGGAGUCAAGCAGCUGAUCGUUGGUGUUAACAAGAUGGACUCCACCGAGCCUCCAUACCAUGAGGCCCGUUACGAGGAAAUCAAGAAGGAGGUGUCCUCCUACAUCAAGAAAAUCGGUUACAACCCGGCUUCCGUUGCUUUCGUCCCGAUUUCCGGCUGGCACGGUGACAAUAUGCUGGAACCAUCGGACAAGAUGCCAUGGUUCAAGGGAUGGGUUAUCGAACGCAAGGAAGGCAAGGUUGAGGGUAAGUGUCUGAUCGAAGCCCUGGACAACAUCUUGCCGCCUUCCCGUCCCACCGACAAGGCUCUGCGUCUCCCGCUGCAGGAUGUCUACAAAAUCGGCGGUAUCGGAACGGUACCAGUCGGUCGUGUUGAAACCGGUAUCCUGAAGCCAGGUAUGGUGGUCGUAUUCGCCCCGGUCAACAUCACCACUGAGGUCAAGUCGGUCGAGAUGCACCACGAAGCGCUGCCGGAGGCUCUGCCCGGUGACAACGUCGGCUUCAACGUCAAGAACGUCUCCGUCAAGGAGUUGCGUCGUGGCUACGUUGCUGGUGACUCCAAGUCCAGCCCGCCGAAGGGUGCCGCCGACUUCACUGCUCAGGUCAUUGUCCUCAACCACCCUGGCCAGAUUGCCAACGGAUACACCCCGGUGUUGGAUUGCCACACCGCCCACAUUGCUUGCAAGUUCGCUGAAAUCAAGGAGAAGUGCGAUCGUCGUUCUGGCAAGGUCACUGAGGAGAAUCCGAAAUCCAUCAAAUCGGGCGAUGCCGCCAUCGUCAAUCUGGUGCCAAGCAAGCCGCUGUGCGUCGAAUCGUUCCAGGAGUUCCCGCCGUUGGGACGUUUCGCCGUUCGUGACAUGCGUCAAACCGUCGCUGUCGGUGUCAUUAAAUCUGUCAACUUCAAGGAGGCGACAGGUGGUAAAGUAACCAAAGCCGCCGAGAAGGCCCAGAAGAAGAAAUAACUAGAGACACCGGAACACCCGAGUAUCAUAGCGGCCGUCACAGAGCAGUCGCUAGCAGCUAGUAGCAGCAGAAGCAGCAGCAACCAUAACAACCCAGAUAAAAUGAACACUACUUUUACUACUAAUAAACGCAACCAAUACUCUACAUUAUUAUUAUUGAAUAAUGAUGAUCUUACGAUGCGGACUUUUGUUGAAAGCGCAAUCCUAGCGAUUGACUUCAAUAGAAAUCAUCCAUUAUUAUUAAAUAAUAAUUUAAGAAAUAAUAUUAAUCGUAAACUACAAUUUAAUAAUAAUCGUAAUAAUUUAAACAAAACCACACAAGAUAAACCGCAAGCCGGCUGGUAUGCACAUGAUUUUAUUGGAAGCAUUGCUAAGAAAAUCACUGCAAAAACAACAACAGCAACAAACAUACAACCAUCUUUAGUUCAAAUGAUUUUCCUCUACCGGCAACAUCUUUCAUCGAUCCUUCACUCGAUCAACCACAAAACCAAUGUGGCCAAUGGCAACAGCAGUAACAAUAGCAGUAGCAGCAGCAGCAGCAACAAGAACGGUUCUUACUCAUACCCAUCGUCAUCUACAUCAUCUGCUAAGAAGACUAAUUUAUUUUACCACCAUAGAAAUGCAUUUCGAAGGAAAGAAAAGACCUCUGAGCAGGACACGAAACCAACAAAGAUCGCCAACAUUUCCACCAUCUUUGAAGCCAUCGGUGUUGUCGAGUGUAUCGUUCUACUUCUCCACGUUCAGCAGCUUUUAACCGCGAUAUGCUCAUCCGCCAUCAUCGUUACUGUUAGAUUAGCUAUUUCUAACAAUUUUUCAACCAACCUGUCAUGAUACGGUCGCCUAAGUUUAGUACCAACCAAUGAAUGAUACCAAAGGAUUUAUAGGUUUUACAAGAUCUUUGUUAAUUUAUGUAACCACAGAUAACUAAGUUCGUUGUAAUGAAACCCAACCUAGAAACGAAAGUAACCCUCAAAGAGAAGAGAAAAUAAAGAACCCUCGCACACACAAGCGAAACAACUGAUUGGCUAAAUUUGUCAAAGAAGAAAAAACUAUUUGUGAUAUUAAAUCUGCUGUGUUUGUUUUUCUGUUAGAACUACUUUUUCGUACUGGAAAAUCUAAUUUUCAAAACAAAACCAUAAAAGACACGUGACAAAACAUUUAAAAGCAAAACACCUGAAGAUGAGAAAGAUGUGCGCUGCUCGACGACAGAGGCUCUUUACAACAAAACGCAAGAUCCACCCAUAUACUUCCUUCAAACAGGCGAAGACACAAAUACAACGGAAAGAACGCAUAACAAAAAAAUCAUCUCAUUUACGCACAUUACAUUCGCAUCAAUGGAAACAAUAGAAGAGAAUCACGAGAAAUAAAGCAAAUGCGCAUUAAAACCUACUACCUAUUGUUUUAUGUUCUGUCUGCAGGAUAUCAUUGAUGUUAGAGAAGCCGAAGGAAGUUUUUUAGUGUGUACUUGUAGUGUGUUUGCUUAGCUGUACCAUUGUUCCAACUGAUAGGUAGGCAGCUCUGCUAGUGGUUUGCUUACUUCAUAUUGUAGUUGCACCAGGGAAACAUUUGUACCGUUCAUUCAAAAAACAAAACAACAACAACCAUGCAGACAGAUAGUUAUUGACUGUACUACCAAAUAAAUGUGACAAAUUUGUUUGCAAUGCAUUACAUCUGUACUUUCAAUGUUACAACAUCUCUAAUACCACAACCACAACAACACACACAAAUAUAAAGAGCGGAAAGAAUGCCAAUAAAAUUCAAGAAAAGGCUUGAAGCAA